GGGGCUGUGUGUGCGGGGGGGGUGUUGGUAAGUGCGCGCAGGUGGGUGGUUCCCGGGGCCGGUGGGAGCGGGUGUGAACGAGCGUGCGAGCGAGUGUUCAGGCACGGGCUGUUCCCGUGCCUGGCCCCGGCCCCGGCCCCGGCCCCUUCCCGCCUGCCAUGGAGAAGGUGAAGCCGGAGGAGGAGGGGACGAGCCCCGAGGAGCCCCCCGCCCGCCCGGCCUGGAGCAACAAGGCCGAAUACAUCCUGGCACAGGUCGGCUUCUCCGUGGGCCUUGGCAACGUCUGGCGCUUCCCCUACCUAUGCCACCAGAACGGCGGAGGAGCCUUCAUUCUCCUCUACCUCCUGAUCCUCCUGGUGGUGGGGAUCCCCCUCUUCUUCCUGGAGCUGGCGGCCGGGCAGAGCAUCCGCCAGGGCAGCAUCGGGGUCUGGCAGCACUUCAGCCCCCGCCUGGUCGGCAUCGGUUUCGCCAGCUGCGUGGUCUGCGGGUUCGUUUCUCUCUAUUACAACGUGAUCAUCGCCUGGAGCCUCUUCUACCUCGUUAACUCCUUCCGCUCCACCCUGCCCUGGGCCAGCUGCCCCCUCGGCGCCAACCACAGCCAGCCAGAACCUGAAUGUGCCCAGAGCUCCCCCACCACCUACUUCUGGUACCGGAAGGCGCUGGACGUGAGCGGGUCGAUCAGCGCCAGCGGGGGGGUGAGCCCGGCCCUGGCCGGCUGCCUGCUGGCUGCCUGGGCCCUGGUCUGCGGCGCCCUCAUCCGGGGCAUCAAGUCCUCCGGCAAGGUGCUGUAUUUCAGCUCCCUCUUCCCCUACGUGGUGCUGCUCUGCUUCCUGGUGCGGGGGCUGCUGCUGGACGGGGCGGCCGACGGUGUCCGCAUCAUGUUCACCCCCCAGCUGGCAAUCUGGGGCGACAUGCAGGUCUGGCGCCAGGCGGCCACCCAGGUCUUCUUCUCGCUGGGGCUGGGCUUCGGGAGCGUCAUCGCUUACUCCAGCUACAACGCCCGGUACAACAACUGCCAUGCUGACGGGCUGCUGGUGGCCGGCAUCAACUUCCUCACCUCGCUGCUGGCCACCCUGGUCGUCUUCGCCGUGCUGGGCUUCCGGGCCACCGCCGUCGCCAGGGCCUGCGUGGCAAGGAACAUGGAGAUGCUGGCCCAGCUGCUGGGGACCGGGGCCCUGCCCACCCUGGGCCCGCCCACCCUGGACCCGGUAGCGCUGUCCCCACCACAGUACAGCGCCUGGUACCACAGGCUGCCCCCCGAGCUGGGCACUGCGCUGCAGGGACACGGCAUCACCGACUGCCGGCUGGAGGACGAGAUGAACAAGGGCGUGGAGGGCACCGGCCUGGCCUUCAUCACCUUCACGGAGGCCAUGACCCUGUUCCCGGCCUCCCCGUUCUGGUCCGUCCUCUUCUUCCUCAUGCUGCUGAACCUGGGGCUGAGCACCAUGCUGGGGAACAUGCAGGGCAUCCUCACCCCCCUGCUGGACCGCUACCCCACCCUGCAGCGCCGUGCCGCCCUCUUCACCGUGCUGUGUUGUGCCGGCGGGUUCCUGCUGGGGCUGAUGUUCGUGCAGCGCUCGGGCAGCUACUUCGUCUCCAUGUUCGACGACUACUCGGCCACCCUGCCCCUGGUGGCCGUCGUGGCCUGCGAGGCCGUGUCCGUGGCCUGGGUCUACGGGGCGGACAGGUUCCUGGGGGAGGUGGAGAUCAUGCUGGGCUGGAAGCCCUGGGGCCGGGGCUGGCGGCCCUGGCGGGUCUACGGCUGCAUGUGGCGUUACAGCAGCCUGCUGGCCAUGCUGGGGCUGCUGCUGGCCAGCCUGGGGCAGAUCUGCCGCAGCCCCCCAACCUACCAGGCCUGGGACCGGGCGCAGGCGGAGGAGACGCGGGUGCCGUACCCGCCCUGGGCGCUGGCCAUGCUGAUCUUGCUCAUCGUCGUCGCCACCCUGCCCAUCCCCGCGCUCUACCUCCGGCAGCUGGCGUGGGAGUGGCAGGCGCGGCACCGCCAGCAGGGGGCGCCCCCCCGAGGGGAGCGGGAGCUGGAGCUGGAGGAGGCGGAGAGCCCGGCUGACCCCGAGCGCUCGGCCAACGGGUACCUGCCCGUCCGCACCCAGGAGCCCCCGGGGCGGGCAGAAGAGGCCAGGGCCCCCCUACGGGGGGGGGCAAAGUAAGGGGGGGGAUAAGGGGGUGGAGGGCAAAGGUCAGAGGUCAUUGGAGGGGAGCGUCUGUGACCCCUCCCCAUGAGUGGGGCUGGCUCUCCAUGGUGUGCGCCCCCCUGCCCAGGGCAGGCGCUAGGCCCGAUUGGGGGAGCUGGGAGAGAGCGAAGGACUCCCAUUGGUGGGUCACAAGAAGGCACCUUCUCUGAUUGGUGGAGGGGGAAGUGCUGAUCACUUGCUGCCUGGAGCCAAAAGACCAAUAAGGGGAAGGAAGAACAAAGCAACCCCCGAUUGGCAGACCCAUGCGGUGCAGCGGCCUCUGAUUGGUGGAGCAAAAUACUGCUGGCUCUGAUUGGUGGGCUGAGGAAGAUUUCUCCCCCACCCCGCCCUCCAAUGGGAGGGAGGGGAGACCAACUUGCUGUGCAGGGUCCCCUCACCCCCUUCUCCCUUCUUUACACUGGGGGUGGCCAUGUUGUUCCCAGGGCAUUGCCCGGGGGCGGCCAUGUUGUCUUCCUCCUAAUGCCACCCGCCCUGGGGCACGUGUCCCAUCCUCUGUCCCCGUCUUUGGGGCCUUCUUAGAAACGUGGUGCUAACUAACCCCUCUCCUGUCGGGUCUGGAGCCACCAGCCCCCCACGCUUGCCAAGCCUGGCCUAGCUGGGCCCCACACAAGUGCCUACGCCUCUGCGGGUACAGGGGGCGUCUGUUGCCAAGAUAUGGGGCCAGAUUUCGUUGUUGGGGUCCAGGCCAUUUUCCCCAUCUGUAAAAUGGGGGUCGCGCCUCCUUGAGCUGUUUAGAUUGUAAAUUUCUCAGAGCAGGGUGAUCUCGCUGGGCUACUGAGCAGUUUGAGGGGUGAGGGGGGGAGAAUCUGGAAAUCUUUUGCCCACUCUUUGGGACCUCUUGCUGGCCCGCAGGUGCCAGGGCUGGGCUGGAGUUCCAGGGGCGGAGGGCGUGGAAGGGUGUGUUAUUGACUGUAUUGUUUUCAUGGUGCUAUUCUUACCUGAAGAAUAAAGGUGUUUUGCUCACGCCAA